UGACUGGCUGCUCUAGCUAUCCCCCACCCCUCCCAAGUAAACUGCAAGGAGGAGAAAAAAAAAAAAAAAAAAGCAGCCCACAUGACCCGGGCCGCGGCAGCAGCAGCGCUAGCUAGGCGCGGGCUGGCGGCGCCUCCCCCUCUGGGUCCGGGGCUCACACCCGCGCUCGCGCCGACCGCCUGCCCCGCGCCCUGGCUACACGCCCCCCGCCCCCCCGCGCCGCCCACGUCCACGUUCACGCGCGCGGCCUCGCGCUCCGGUGCGGCGGCUGCUGCUGCUGGGUCGACGCUGCUGUUCGCUUUACACGCAGUGUACUCACACCCGGCCAAGAAAAGCACGCGCGAGAAAUCCCCGAGACUCCGCCAGCGGCCGGGGUGUCGCCUCCCUCCUCCACCGCCGCCGCCGUCGCAGUCUGAGCCCGCCGGGGGACCUGCCGGAAGACGCGAAGAGCCAAACUUUUCUUUGAGGUUUCAGAGGCAAGACCGUUCCUCUCCAGCUUAGCUGCCGCUUAACCAGUUCCAGGACGCCGGCGGAACUGGGUUUGUGGCAACAGAUCCCCACCCUUUUCGGCGCGGCGCGGCGCACCGCCCCGAAGCCGCAGCACCUACGACUCCUCCGAGAUUUCCAGGGGUCACCCGGUUAAGGCACAGAGAAGGCGGGGGAAAGGGGGUCCUCAGACUCUUGGGGCCACAGG